UUUCGAUGGUACAGAUGAACGUCUCUAACUUCACCUUGUGAAGGUCAAAGGACAGUAGCCGGCGAAUUUCAGUGGGUAUUGCACAUCUUCGGCAAAGGUUAAAGAAGUCAAAUUAAUUAGAAGCAACUGAUUUUAUUAGCAGGUCUCCGAAUUUACACUUCCAAGAUGCCAAUCACUUCGAUUAAAGCUCGUCAGAUCUUCGACUCUCGCGGCAACCCCACAGUGGAGGUUGACCUAGUGACUGAGCUGGGGCUUUUCCGAGCGGCUGUACCGUCAGGUGCAUCGACGGGUGUCCAUGAAGCCCUUGAAUUAAGAGACAAUGUGAAGGGUGAAUACCAUGGGAAAGGGGUUCUGACUGCAAUUAAGAACAUCAAUGACAUAAUUGCACCUGAAUUGCUUAAACAAAGCUUUAAUGAAACCCAGCAAAAGGAGAUUGAUCAGUUCAUGAUCAAGCUUGAUGGCACUGAGAAUAAGUCAAAAUUUGGUGCAAAUGCCAUCUUGGGUGUGUCUCUGGCUGUAGCUAAGGCUGGUGCUGCUAAAAAGGGUGUUCCUCUUUACAAGCACUUAGCUGAUUUGGCUGGAAACAAAGACAUUGUUCUUCCAGUCCCUGCCUUUAAUGUCAUUAAUGGCGGAUCACAUGCUGGAAACAAACUUGCCAUGCAGGAGUUCAUGAUUUUGCCCACUGGUGCAUCAUCAUUUAGUGAGGCUAUGCGUAUGGGCUCAGAAAUCUACCACCAUCUGAAGAAAAUCAUCAAAGAAAAAUUUGGCUUAGACUCAACUGCUGUGGGUGAUGAGGGUGGUUUUGCCCCUAACAUUCAGAACAACAAGGACGCUUUGUACCUUAUUCAAGAUGCUAUUCAGCAGGCGGGCUACACUGGAAAGAUUGAAAUUGGUAUGGAUGUAGCAGCAUCAGAAUUUUUCAAGAAUGCAACAUAUGAUCUUGAUUUCAAGAAUCCCAAGUCAAACCCUACUGACUACCUCUCAUCAGAAAAAUUAGCCGAUGUCUACCUUGACUUCAUCAAGGACUUCCCCAUGGUCUCUAUUGAAGACCCCUUUGACCAAGAUGACUGGUCGGCAUGGAGUAACUUCACUGCCCGAACAUCAAUCCAGAUUGUUGGAGACGAUCUUACAGUAACGAACCCAAAACGCAUUGCAACUGCUGUAGAAAAGAAAGCCUGUAACUGUCUUCUCCUGAAGGUCAAUCAAAUUGGUAGUGUCACUGAAUCCAUUGAUGCUCACUUGCUGGCCAAGACUAAUGGAUGGGGCACAAUGGUUUCUCAUAGGUCUGGAGAGACUGAGGACACUUUUAUUGCUGAUCUUGUUGUGGGUCUUUCUACUGGCCAGAUCAAGACAGGUGCUCCAUGCAGAUCCGAGCGGUUGGCCAAGUAUAACCAAAUUCUCCGUAUCGAGGAGGAACUUGGUGCAGCAGCCAAGUAUGCUGGCAAGAACUUCCGCAGACCGGUCUAAACUCCCUUACAUUGUUUUAUCAUUGAAUAUUAGUGUGGCACAAUAGUGGUACUUUAAGUACCAACAUGUGUAUUCCUGUUUCUGCAUUAUAACAGACUUAGAUUGUAUAUUAUAUAGGAAAAAAUUGCAUCUCUAAUUUUUGAUUGUGUAGAGUAUGUGAUGUAUGUAUGAUUAUUUAUUUAUAAGUUUAAGGCGUUUUCAAAAGUCAAUAAAGUCUGUAUUAUU